GUGAAGUUCAUACUUUUACUACAAAUACACACGUGAGCGAUGAGUCAUCAUUAUUAUCAUCGUCACGAAGUUGCAUAUCUCUCUUAUCGCUUUCGUUGCAAGUCAAAGUCAGCCAUGGACGUGAAAGAAGCUAUGAAGAAGCAAAACGAAGUCGCGAUGAUCCUUUCGUGGCAUCUCUUCUCUACUGUAGCCAAACACUCUAACAACGUUUUCUCGCCGGCGUCAAUCAACGCAGCGUUCACCAUGAUGGCUUCUGGUCCCGGCAGUUCUUCGAUUUCCGAUCAAAUCCUCUCCUUCCUUAGAUCUUCUUCUAUCGAUGAGCUCAACUCCGUCUUCCGCGUCAUUACUACUGUAGUCUUUGCUGACGAUAGUAAUAUAGGCGGCCCAACAAUCAAAGUGGCGAAUGGCGCCUGGAUCGAUCAAUCUUUCUCGAUUGAUUCGUCUUCUAAGAAUCUCUUCGAGAUUUUUUUCAAAGCUGUUUUGGCUUCAGUGGAUUUCAAAUCAAAGGUACUAAUACUCUGUUUGCUCUGUUUGUAACUUUUAUUUAGGGAAAAAAAAAUUGAUAUAGCUUUUGUUUUUGGUGA